CUUUAGAAGUGAGGAUACCUUCGCGUUUUAAGGAUACAGAAGCAAAUUGUGGCUUUUUUUCCCCCCACGUGGCCGUGGAAAUUUAAAGGCGCUACAGGCUGUCUGAGAUGGUGAAGAAAGUCUUUUCUAAACUACAGGCGACUAGAGAUAGAUAGGCCUGGGGAAGGCUGAGAAACUUUUACGGAGACUUGAAAUAAGCAAACAUCAGCACAAAAAAAAAAAAAAAAGUUAAGAGGAAGAAAGAAAAGCGCUGUUUGGGCCCUGCCCAAGCGGGUUCAUUAACAUUAACAACAAAGCCAAUAGGUUGUACUUUUUUUUCUUAAGGGGGUCCCACACCAACCAGCAAGAUUUCGCCCAAAAGCAGACAGGAGGAGCGUCCCGCGCUGACGAGACUGGUCGGCAGGAAGCGGUUGAUCGCGGCCGGGGUGCUCGGAGUGGUCAUGGUGCUCGUGCUGGUCGUGCUCAUCCCGGUGCUGGUGAACUCGGCCGGGACUUCGGCACAUUACGAGAUGCUCGGCACGUGCAGGAUGGUGUGCGAUCCGUACGGCACCAAAUCCCCGAGCAGCACGGCCACGGCUGACACAGCGGCGCGCGACACCGGCCUCGUGCAAUCACUGCCCACAUUUAUCCAAGGUCCAAAAGGUGAGCCGGGACGACCAGGGAAGACAGGACCGAGGGGCCCGCCUGGAGAGCCAGGUCCUCCAGGACCCGCGGGCCCGCCUGGAGAGCGGGGAGAGCCGGGACGGCCAGGCUUACCAGGACCCCCGGGGCCGAACGGCGCUGGCGCCAUCAGUGCGGCCACCUACAGCACCGUGCCAAAAAUCGCCUUCUACGCGGGCCUAAAGAAGCAGCAUGAGGGCUACGAGUUGCUCAAGUUUGACGACGUCGUCACUAAUCUGGGAAAUCAUUAUGACCCGACCACAGGAAAGUUUACCUGCUCUAUACCGGGGAUCUAUUUCUUUACUUACCAUGUGCUGAUGCGGGGUGGAGACGGCACCAGCAUGUGGGCAGACCUCUGCAAAAACAACCAGGUGCGUGCAAGCGCCAUCGCGCAGGACGCGGACCAGAACUACGACUACGCCAGUAACAGCGCGGUGCUGCACCUGGAGCCCGGGGAUGAAGUCUACAUCAAACUGGACGGCGGCAAAGCGCACGGGGGCAACAACAAUAAAUACAGCACCUUCUCUGGCUUUAUCAUCUACGCCGAUUAGGACACGAGCUUUCUUUUUUCUUCCCGGGCUUUUCCGACCCAUGUCCUCGUUUUCGCACUCACUUUUUUUCUUUUUCAACCUCGAGUCUCCCCCACAGAGCCAGUGGCUGGUGACAUCCUCCGUCCGCCAUUCAACUUCCACUUAUUGUACGAGUGUGUGGGCGGGACGGUCGGUCUCUCCGCGUUUAAUUCAAA